UAUCUAUUCUAUAAAUCAAUUUCCGUAGACUAGAGUUCUCGGAUUACUUUGUUCUCAGAUUAUAUUGUUCUCCUCUUGACAACCAUAAUGAAGCUACAUAAGCAAGUUAUCGGUACCAUCGUUUGCCAUUUACUUCUAUACGUUGCAGGAGUAAGUGGACACAUAGUACCUAUAGUGGUGACCAACAAAUGCCCUUUCACAAUAUGGCCAGCAACAGCCCCUAACACAGGCCAUCCGAUGAUAGCCAAUGGUGGGUUCUGCCUAAAAUCCGAGCAGUCAUCACAAAUAAACACUCCAUGGGACUGGAGCGGCCGCAUCUGGGCACGAACCGGGUGCAACUUCAAGGAAGAUAGCGGAGAUAACAACAUCACAAACAACCCAACAUGGAGACCUGCUUGUCAAACAGGGGACUGUGACGGGCGCCUCGAGUGCAAUGGACUCAUAGGAAAAACCCCAGCAACAUUAGUUGAACUCACAUUUCAAACAGAUAAAAACCAACCAAGCUUCUACGACAUUAGUCUCGUGGACGGGUACAACCUGCCUGUCUCCGUCAUUGCCGGGCGGUCACCCAAAUGCGCCAUAAGAGGAUGCUUGAGAGAUAUAAAAGAGAUUUGUCCCUUAGAGUUGCAAGUAAAUGAUGGAAGAGGGAAUGUUGUUGCUUGUAAGAGUGCUUGUCUUGCGUUCGAUUGGGAUGGAUUUUGUUGCAGGAACGAGUAUGGGAGCCCUGAAAAGUGUAGGCCAAGCUUGUAUUCGACUGUUUUUAAGAGCGCUUGUCCGUCUUAUGUUAGUUAUGCUUAUGAUUCUCCUUCGCCUUUGGUGAGUUGUUUGGUGAAGGAGCUUUAUAUUACCUUCUGUCCUGCGGGAUGGGGUCAUAGUCUACAACGAUAUGCUUCUAAUUUACUACAUUAGUACAUGUAUGACUACAUUAGUACAUGUAUGACGAAUGAAUAAUUGUACACCCUUUCUCUUGCGUACAUAUAUGUGUGCGGAAAUAUAUAUAAAAGAAAACCAAAAAUUAUGUUAAGUAAAAAAAAUUAUUCG